ACAUAAAGAGACAUUGAGAUUGAGUAAAAAUAGUUAUGGUGAACAAAACGAAUCUCUUACUGCUUCUUCUCUCUCUCUUUCUCACCCUCAACCUCUCCUCCGCUCAACUCCGCCGCAACUUCUACGCCGGAAGUUGUCCUAACGUCGAACAAAUCGUUAGAAACGCCGUUCAGAAAAAAGUCCAACAAACUUUCACCACCAUUCCCGCCACUCUCCGCCUCUAUUUCCACGAUUGUUUCGUCAAUGGGUGUGAUGCAUCAGUGAUGAUAGCGUCGACUGAUAAUAAUAAGGCGGAGAAGGAUCAUGAGGAGAAUCUAUCGUUGGCCGGAGAUGGAUUCGACACCGUCAUUAAAGCUAAAGAAGCUCUUGACGCCGUCCCAAAUUGUCGUAACAAAGUUUCUUGCACUGAUAUUCUCACUAUGGCCACUCGUGACGUCGUUAAUCUUGCGGGUGGACCAAAAUACGACGUGGAAUUGGGAAGGCUAGAUGGAUUAUCGUCAACGGCGGCUAGCGUCGGAGGGAAGUUGCCUCAUCCGACCGACGAUGUCAAUAAACUCACUUCACUUUUCGCUAAAAACGGCCUUAGCCUUAACGACAUGAUCGCUCUCUCCGGGGCACACACAUUAGGAUUUGCGCAUUGCACAAAAGUAUUCGAUCGGAUAUACACUUUCAACAAGACAACUAAAGUGGAUCCCACGAUUAACAAAGAUUACGUGACAGAGCUAAAAGCGUCGUGUCCUCAAAACAUAGAUCCAAGAGUGGCUAUAAACAUGGACCCAACAACACCAAGACAAUUCGACAACGUUUACUACAAAAACUUGCAACAAGGGAAAGGAUUGUUCACGUCUGAUCAAGUCUUAUUCACGGAUCGUCGGUCAAAGCCAACCGUUGACUUGUGGGCAAGUAAUGGACAGUUGUUUAAUCAAGCUUUUAUUAACUCGAUGAUCAAGCUUGGUCGUGUUGGUGUUAAAACCGGUAGUAAUGGUAAUAUCCGUCGUGAUUGUGGAGCUUUUAAUUAAUUUAAAUAUAUCUGGUUUAGAUUUUGUUUAUCUUCAUUCAGUUGUAUUUGGGGAUUGGAUGGGUCUCAUGAAGCUUUCAGAUAUAAUUGUAAUAAAUCUCAGUUUUGGGUUUCAGUUUGCUAUAUCGCAAAACCUAAAUUGUAACAUAGAGUGACAAUAAAUUUGAAGGAACAAU